AUGUCGAGCUCCCUUUUCCCUCGACAAAUAAAAAAACCUCUAGGUUAUACAAUUAAUAAUUUAAGUAAAACUAGAGGUUACUUAGGGGUUUCUCACAAUUUUGUGAAUGGCUUAAACUAUCCAAAUGGAUUGAAUAAUUGUACUAUAUCUCGACUAUAUAAACCUGAUGUAAAUUAUUUUUGUUGUAAUAACCAGUUUUUGUCAUUUAAUUUUAGUAAUUAUCGCAUAAGAUUCUUUUCAACGGGGCCGGAGCACAUCCAAGAUUCCGUUGAUGCAGCUGGAGCGGAUGGAGAAUCUCAAGAUAACCUUCUGAACGCAGUUAAGGCUUAUUCUACUCAAAGUGGCGAUAACAUUAAAGAAUUAGCUGAGGAGCUCGGCAUAGAGUCUGACAUAGGCAAGGAAAAGCUGAGUUUGGAGGAGCUGUAUGAGAUUCCAGACUACCAGGAGUACCUCCUGUCCAGAAUAACAGAGGUUAACGGCACCAAAAGGAGCGCCCUCCAGGAGUUUCUCCCGGUGGACUACCUGCAGCAGAUGUUCAUGGCUGUGCACGAUUACACGAACCUCAGCUGGGCCGCAACCAUAUGCGUCAUGACUCUGUUCUUCAAGCUGGUCUCGUUGCCCAUAUGGUCGAACUCGGAGAGAAUCAGGAGGAUGAACGCGCACCUGAUGCCGAGGGCAAUGGAGCUGCAGGAGAAGGCCAAUCACGCGUUCGCCACCAAGAACGAGAAGCUGGCCCGAGAGACGCAGCGCCAGAUCUUCGAGAUGACCAGGGAGAACUCGUUUAUGAAGGGCAUGCUCGUACAGAUGGGCUCCACUGCGUUUCAGGGGCUGAUGUUCGGGACUGUUUACGGAGGCCUGCGACUCUUCGCAAUCAAUCCCACCUUCAGACCCGAUUUCACCUUCGAGUCGUGCCUGUGGCUUGACAGUCUCUGUCUGCCUGACCCGUAUUUUAUCCUCCCGAGCAUCUUCGGAAUCCUCAUGACUAUCGUGUUUGAGCACAACUUGUCGGUCAACUUCUCCGCCACUGAGGCCUCCAAAGGCACUGUAGUUUCCAACUUCCAGAACAGGCAGAAGUACAUGAAACUUGCCUCGAGGAUCGGCAUAAUAUUCUUCACGUUCUACGGGUUCACUAUGCCUAGCAGCGCCUUUUUCUACCUUAUUCCCAGCUUUCUGUUUCAGACGAUCCUCAGGUACUCGUGCAACCGCUUCGAGGUGGCUCGAUUUCUCGGCAUUCCCAUGCCAAUAGUAAAAAAGGCAAAGCCGCCUAAGCCAUAA